UGGCUCUUCCCUCGUCUCAUCUCGCCCCGUGGUUCUCGUCCGAUUCAGCCCCGUCUCUUGACCAGCCAUGAUCUUCCGCUCUGCCGUCGCCAAGCUCGCCUCUCGGCCCAGCGUGCUCUCUGUUGCCGCCCGCAACAAGCACACUCUCCCCGAUCUCCCCUAUGACUACAACGCCCUCGAGCCCUUCAUCUCGGCCGAGAUUAUGCAGCUGCACCACAGCAAGCACCACCAGGCGUACAUCACCAACCUGAACAUUGCGGAGGAGAAGCUCCACGAGGCCUCUGUCAAGAGCGAUCUCACCACCCAGAUUGCUCUUCAGCCUGCCCUCAAGUUCAACGGCGGCGGCCACAUCAACCACAGCAUCUUCUGGACCAACCUUGCUCCCCAGAGCUGCGGCGGCGGUGACUUGUCCAAGGGCCCCCUUCUUGAUGCCAUCAACCGCGACUUUGGCUCGCUCGAGGCGUUCCAGAAGAACUUUGCUCUCCAGGCUGCCGCUGUUCAGGGCAGUGGAUGGGGCUGGCUGGGCUACAACAAGGGCACGAAGAAGCUCGAGAUCGCCACCACCGCCAACCAGGAUCCCCUCACCGCUCUGGUUCCUCUCCUUGGUGUCGAUGUCUGGGAGCACGCCUACUACCUCCAGUACAAGAACGUCCGCCCUGACUACCUCAAGGCCAUUUGGAGUGUUGUCAACUGGAAGGAUGUCUCUGAGCGCUUCGGCAAGGCUUCCAACUAAGCCUAGCCCAGCCUAGCCCAGCGCCGGAUACAACUGCCGGAUCGAUAUUGCCGACGAGAUGUGCGUCCACCAGCUCCAGUGGGCUGAGGUACUCCGCAGAUCAAUAAAAACACAUCGUAAGAUGCAAGUGCGAAUCAA